UUGAAUGUUGGACAGUGUUGUUAAAAGAGAUUAGAUAAAUAAUUGUUUAUGAGUAAUUAAAAAAAAAACAUUGGUAUAAAUUUACGGUGGUAUUUAGUUUUGAAUAUCUUUUUUAAAAAUAAAAAAUAAACUUAAAGAAUGUCAGUGGUGCUUAUUGAUGAUGAUAAUUGUUCUGAUAAUACAUCAAGUGUUGCAACAACUAGUGAAAAAAAUAUUGAAUUAAAUAAAUCUGGCAGUGUACAAGGAUUAAAAGAACUUGAAGAUUUUUUUAAUGAUGAAAAUAUUGAAGUAAAUGAUAAUAAUACAAGUAAAUUAUCAAAUUGUGAUGAUGAUUAUGUUGGAGUUGGUGAUAAUGAUACAUCAGUAAUUUGUGAAACAUCACUUGUUGCACCAACACCUGAAAAAGCUAAUAAGACACCAGUUAAAUUAAUUAAAAAAAGAAAACGUUCAGAUUGUGAUGAUAUAUUCAGUGAUGAUGAUUCUUAUCAAGGCUCACCGGAAAUUCCAAUAACUGGUCCUCCAACUAUUUAUCAAUCUUAUCAAGGUCAUAAUCAAACAAGUAUUGUAUUAAAAAAAAAAAUGGAGCAAAAAAGAACAACAAGAUCACAAAAAAUGUCAGUUGAUCAAAUUUGUAAUUUGGUUAAUGACGACAGUAGUGAUGAUGAUGAUAAUAAAACAAAAACUCCUGUUAAAAAAUUAGCUGAAUCAACAUUAAGAAGAACACCAAGAGUUUUAAGAACACCAAAAUUAAAUGAUAAAGAUAAUGAAAAUAUUACAACACCAAAACGUUCUUGUAGAAAAAAAAUAACAGAAUUAUGUUCAACACCAACAACAACAACAACAACAACAGCAACAACAGCAAAAGAAAAAGGAGAUUUAAAAAUGAAAAUAAGACGUUCAACUGAUCAAAGUCUUUACAAAGCUGAAUUGAUGAGUCAAGAAAAAAAAGAUGAAAGAAGAGUAUCAUUGAGAUCAAAAAUUAUUGAUCCACUAUUAAAUGUUAAAAAAUCAUCUGUUGAAUUAUCACCUAAUAAUAAAAAGAGUAAUAAUAAUAAUAAUAGCUUAAAUGUUAAUGAUGGAGAACUUAGACGUUCAUCUCGUCAACAAAAAAAUAAAAAGGACAAUGAUGGUGAUGAAGAUGAUGAAGAAGAAGAAGAAGAUUAUAAUAAAAUAUAUUCUCCAAAGAAAACACGUUUACAAAAUCAAGUUAAAACUCCAAAAUCAAUAGCUCCAUCAACACCAAGUGGUAGACCACAAAGAUCAUCAAGAAAACAUUGGAAUUACAGUGAAAUGGAAAUAAUAAAUGAUACAAAUAAAGAAAAUAAAAAAGCUGAUGAUGAAAAAAAAUUUGAUAAAUUAAUAGUAAAACAAAUAAGUAUUGAUCAUACAAUGACACCAAAAAAAUCAUCAAUAAUAAUUGAUAAUAAAACACCAAGAACAGCUAAAAAACGUGUUAAUUUUGAUGAAGUAUCAUUAACACCAAAAAAAUCACCACGUAAAAUAAUAAAUAAUGAUAAUAAUGAAGAGCCAAAAACACCAAAAUUAGAAACACCAAAAAGAACAUCAAAAUCAGUAACUCCAUCAUUGAGACGUAAUAAUAUAACACCAUCAAUGAAAAGAAGACUUGAAAAUAUUGAUAAACCAAAAACAUUAUUACAACAAGCACGUUCACAACUUCAUGUUAGUGCUGUACCAAGUUCAUUACCAUGUCGUGAUGAAGAAUUUAAUGAAAUAUUUGGAUUUUUAAAAAAUAAAUUACAUGAUAAAUCAAAUGGUUGUUAUUAUAUUAGUGGUGUACCUGGAACUGGUAAAACAGCAACAGUUAAUGAAGUAAUACGUUGUUUAAAAAAAUUAGAAUCACGUAAUGAAUUAGAUGCAUUUGAUUAUUUAUCAAUAAAUGGUAUGAAAUUAACUGAACCACGUCAAGCAUAUGCACAAAUAUUAAAACAAUUAACUGGUGAAACAAUGUCAUGGGAACAAUCAUAUAAUAUAUUAGAAAAAAAAUUUACAAAAUUAAAUAAUAAAAAAUCAAUGACAUUAUUACUUGUUGAUGAAUUAGAUUUAUUAUGUAAUAAAAGACAAGAUGUUGUUUAUAAUUUAUUAGAUUGGCCAACAAAACAAUCAUCAAGACUUAUUGUUAUUACAAUUGCAAAUACAAUGGAUUUACCAGAAAGAGUAUUAAUGGGUAAAGUAACAUCAAGAAUUGGUUUUACACGUUUAACAUUUCCACCAUAUAAUUUUAAACAAUUACAAAAAAUUGUUGAAACAAGAUUAAAAGAAUCAGAUGCAUUUAGAAGUGAAGCAAUACAACUUGUUGCUAGAAAAGUUGCUGAAACAAGAAAAGCUGAUACAGUGCUUAUGGAAGAUGUUAAAAAUGCAUUAGAUGAAAUGAUAUCAAGUUCAAAAGUACGAGCAAUUAAAUAUUGUUCUAAAAUGGAACAAAUUUUUUUACAAUCUGUUUGUGCUGAAAUAACACGUACUGGUGUUGAAGAAGCUAAUUUUCGUAGUGUUUAUCGACAAUUUCAAAAUUUAUGUACAUUUGAUGGUUUUAAACCACCAAAUAUAAGUCAAGCACUUGAAAUUUGUUCACGUCUAAGUGCAAGUAGACUAUUACUUUGUGAACAUUCACGUGCUGAUAUUGAACAAAGAAUUAUUCUACAUGUAUCACCAGAUGAUAUACAUUAUGCUUUAGGAAAAUUACAACUAUAAAAGCUAGUACAUUAAUGACUUGAGUUAUUUAAUUCCACGACAAUAUAAAAUGUGUUCAAAUUGUUUAGAAUUAAAAAUUUCAUUAGUAAUUUAAGAUUUAU